CGCUAAACCCCUCCCCCUCCCCUCCCCCCGUCCCGAACAAAUCAAGAAACACGGCCAAAGCUCACUCCCCCCGUCCCCCGAACGGACCACUCCGAUCCGCCACGCGGAAAGCCGCCCGGUCCCGAGCUGCCCAUCCCAUUCCCGUCUCCUCUUUGCAGAUCGCAGUGGCACCCGCCGCGGCUCCUAGUUGGAGUAGAGAUCGCCGGCGCGAGCGCUCGCUCUUGAUUUAUGUCGCCUGCUCUGCUGCUCCAUGGUUCUGAGCUCCCAUCACCUCCUUCCGCUUCUUGCUCCCUUCUCCCUCAAUCUUGGCAGAGGGGCGCCAGAACCCAAGAUCACCGCUUCAAGAUCUCCCGAUUUGGAUUUGGGGUGAAGUACUCUGGUUUUCUGCAUUUAUACCGGUGCCCAGUGCUGCGCUGCACGUGAAGUAAUCACAAUUUGAGAAUCGCCCAAAUCACAACAAGUUUGCAGGUUUGGUUUGGGUGGAUUAAAGUUCAGCAACUCGAUUCAUUCCCAUCCCGUCAUUCUUGAAGUUCAUAAACAAUCAGCUAGAAUUCAAGUUUCUCUUUGACGUCCUGAAAAAGAAGAACUCUUUCUUUUCUCUAGUUUGAAUCAGAAGUUGGAGAGAACCCACUUUCUGACUUUUUUAGCUUAGGUGCUCAGGCUCUUGAGCAGACCAGGAGCCUCCUGAAUUUGUUCAAGUAGUAUAAUUGAUUGUGAGCGAGGCAAAUAACCCAAUAAUCUCUGGACCUCGCUUGGAAUCUGGGGCAUGUUGCAAAACGAGAUGACGCCUUCUUCGCGAAGGGUCCGCAUUUCCUGCAGUGACCCUGAUGCUACCGAUUCCUCUGAUGAUGAUGUUCAGAAUGCCAAGAAGGAGAAGCGAAUGAUAUUAGAAGUACUGGUUCCCAUGAAUAUCUCUGGAAACCUCAAAUCUCGGAAGACCCUGGUGUCAGGUGGCACAAAGAAAUCAAAGGGCAUGGAGAAGGAACCAACAAGCAGGUACCCUGGUGUGCGCCAACGGGCUUGGGGUAAGUGGGCCGCAGAGAUACGUGAUCCUGUGAGGAAGAUCCGGAAAUGGAUUGGCACAUUUAGCUCCGAGGAGGCUGCUGCUGAAGCAUACAAGGCAAAACGGAACCAGUACCGUGCAGAGAUGUUGGCCAUCAAAUCUCAAUCAUCUGCACCCGAUCAUGCAGAUUCGUCCAGUUCAGCUACUAUCUCUAAUGAGAUAUUGGGCAUCAAAUCUCGAUCAUCUGCAUCAUACCAUGCAGAAUUGUCCAGCUCAGCUACUUUAUCUUGCGUGUCCUCAUCUGUGUCGUUUGACCAGCAAUCACAAGAAGAGGUACGCAAGGUAGUGUCGGUGGAGAUAGCUCCUGAUACUGUUGAUGAAAGCUUACUGAACUUCUCUACGACACCUAGUGAUAAAGAAAUUUCGGUGGAUGCAUUCCUUGGCCAGAUAAAUGAGCUUCCUAUCAGUGACUAUGCAUGUCCAACUGAUGAACUCUCACUGGAUGAUUUCUCAAGGCUGGCAGAUGUGUUUGCUGUCAAUGAUUUUGUCGUUGCUGCAGAUGAGCCGCUGGAUGAUGACUAUAUUGGACUUGCAGACAUCAGCCACCUACAGAUGCCAUUCACAGAACCAAAGUUUGAGCUGGAUGCAGAACUUGAUUGGAACUGUUUUGACUUUGCUUCCUUGGAAAGUGAACUAGAGGAACUUUGAGUUCUCAACAGGGUUGUAUUCUGUGUACGAGGUUUUCUUCUACACUUGGCAUGAAAGAGGUGGAAUCAUAUUUCCAUCUUUUUCGGAUUGCAGGUGUGAUCUGGAGAUAUACUUCGCCUCCAAUUUUGUCGGAAAAAUGUACAGUCCUCUCCCUAGAGUAAUUAUCUGGUCGAGCUAAUGUGUACCAUGUAAUGUGUACAAGAUCAUCUGCUAUAAAAUGAUUGUGAUAAA